AUGACCACAGCCCACAGACCUACUUUCGAUCCAGCGCAAGGAAAGGAAGCUCUUCGAGGACCGGCCUACCACCAGCGCCUCCUUCCGGCUCACACUCACUUGAAAGUCCGACAACCUGGUCAAGGUGGUGAUGCCGACCACGAAGUCCGCGACUUGCGCGCUGAGCUCCUGAGGGCUGAAGCUGCGCACUUUGCCAAGAAGAAUGGUACACCAAUUGAAGAAUCAACCUCAACAGAGACAACAGCUCUCAAGCGCCAUCUAGAAGGUCCACCCGCGGAUGCCGACGCCGAGCUCGAGGAAGAUCCAGAGACCAAACGCCGACGCAUAUUGGAGGAAACGCGAGACAUCGAUGCUGAUUCUGAUGGAUCAGAACAAGAUAGCAGUGAAGAGGAAGACAGCGAUGAUGAAGAUGAGGCGGCUGAAUUGAUGCGGGAAUUGGAGAAAAUUAAGAAAGAACGGCAGGCACAAAAAGAGAAAGAGGAACAAGAAAGAGCCGCACAAGAAGAAGAGCAGCGAGAAGUGGAUAUUGCGCGAGGGAAUCCUCUGCUUAACUCUCAAGAUUUCAACCUCAAGCGACGGUGGGACGACGAUGUCGUGUUCAAGAACCAAGCUCGGGGUACAGAGAAGAAAGAUGGCAAGGAAUUCGUCAAUGACUUGCUGCGAUCCGACUUCCACAAGAGAUUCAUGUCCAAAUACGUUCGCUAG